AUGGGCUCCUCCGCCGUCACCACGAGCUUCCUCCUCUUUCUGGCGUUUCAGCUCCCAGGGCAAACAGGAGCAAAUCCCGUGUAUGGCUCUGUGUCCAAUGCAGACCUGAUGGAUUUCAAGAACUUGCUGGACCGUUUGGAGGACAAGAUGCCUUUAGAAGAUGAGGCUGUGCCCUCACAAGUAUUAAGUGAGCAGAAUGAAGAAGCUGGGGCCCCUCUCAGCCCUCUUUCAGAGGUGCCUCCCUGGAUGGGGGAGGUCAAUGCAGCCCAGAGAGAUGGGGACGCCCUCGGGCGGGGCCCCUGGGAAUCUUCUGAUAGAUCUGCCCUCCUGAAGAGCAAGCUGAGGGCACUGCUCACUGCCCCUCGGAGCCUGCGGAGGUCCAGCUGCUUCGGGGGAAGGAUGGACAGGAUUGGAGCCCAGAGUGGAUUGGGCUGCAACAGCUUCCGGUAUCGAAGAUAA